AUUGAGCUUCUUCAAAACAUCCCCCGGAACAUCCCAUAGUGGAGCCUUAGUAGGCGUGGUUAUUUGGGUUCUGGAGAGGAGAGCGAGACAGCCUGCAGAGCUAUUUUAUCAGCUUCAGAUGAGGGACAAAGUGAGUGAUGAAAAGAGAUAGAGAGCUGAGAUGACAGAGGAGGAGUUUCACAUCUGAAACAUCACACAUGAAAGACAGAGGAUGCACCACGCUGGAGAUACAUAGAGCAACAAACAUUUACUAAGAAUGAGUGAAACUCCAAUAGAGCUUGAGCUUCAGCUAUCAAUCCAGCCAACAUCACAGCCAGAACCUGAGAGGGGGCUUCAGCCUCCACCUCUGUUCCAGCUGCCACAUCCCACCCAACAUCCCUCUGAGAACCAGCAGGAAAACCAGCUCCAGUCUGACAUACAGCUGUCGGAGUCUAACCCCGAGCACCAAGCAAACCCAGUGUGGAUUCACCAUCGAAGGCUGUUUCUCAUCUUCCUGGGACUCUCCUUAUAUGCUGCCACUCUGGUUUUCUUUUAUUAUAUGUCUCAGAAUAACCAAACAGGCAUAGUGACUCCAUGUGUGUCCCCAGCCUGUGAGUGGGCCUCUGCUCGUCUCUCCUUGUCUGAGGAUCCUUUCACACAGCCCUGUGACUACUUCCUGUUCACAUGUAGAUCUGAGAGGUUCUCACCAGACAGCUGGGGAAGACAGAGCGGGCAGGGUGUCCCAGGACAUCCACAGAGCCAGAAGGAAAAGUCUGUGUGGGCAGAGAGGACAGUACAAAAUAAAACGAAAGAAGACAAAGGGCUGAGUAAAGAGAAAACACAGGACAGAAAAGCUGUCCUACUGUAUUACCUCAGAGAGAUUUUGGAAUCAAACAAUAGAUCGGGUAGUUCAGCAGUGCAGAAGGCCAGAAGAUUUUACUAUUCCUGUUUGGACACGCAAUCUAUAGACACUGCUGGGGCAGAGCCCUUCCUCACACUCAUCCAGAAGCUGGGAGGCUGGGCUGUAUCAGGCCAGUGGAAUCAUACUGAUUUUAACUCCACCCUUAGCCUGUUAAUGAGGGACUAUGCCACCUUUCCUUUUUUCAACGUCUAUGUGGGCAAAGACCCAAAUGAAAUUGCCCGAGGGAUGGCCAGAAGAUACAUACAGAUUGAUCAGCCAGAUCUGUUGAUCCCAAUUGAAUGGAACAGCAAAACACAGAAGUCUCAAGCUAAAGCUGAGACACUACGUACUUUCUUGGCAUCAUGUCAAAGGUACCUGGAACUGCUGGAGGUUCCGACCAGCAGUAACAUAAUCCACAGGAGCCUUUUUUUAUCUCUGUCUUCUCAGCUCGCUGUAGCUGCUGCACCUUUGCAUUAUCGCCUGACGCAAGGACAACUACAUCAGCGCAUGUCCAUAAAAGAGCUACAGAGCCAGGCCCCUGCUAUUGAUUGGUUGGGCUGUCUGCAGGCUGUUUUCCAUCCACUGCCCCUAACCGAAGACGAUCAUGUCCUCCUGCAUAACUUACACUACAUUGUGCAAAUGUCCCCCAUCAUUGAAAGAUGGCUGAACAAGCAUGAGCUGAGCACCAGUGGUCCUCUUCACACUUAUAUGGUCCUGAAUCUGCUGCACACCCUGAUGCCUGCCCUGGACUCCAGAUUUUCUAAAACAGCAAAAAAUUUAUCUGUGGCUCUAGGAAACACGGAAGAGCAGGUAGUUCCUCGCUGGAAACACUGUAUUUUGGAGACUGAGCGAGGAUUUGACUCAGUCUUUACACACCUUCUCAAUGAAAGAACAGCACACAAAGAGGCUGAGGAGAUUAUUCAAAAUAUCUUCUCUUCCUUCAAGUCCAAAUUACAUGAGAUGGACUGGACAGAUCAGACAUCUUUCCAAUUUGUUAUGAAAAAGGUCCAGUCUUUAAUUCCAAGGCUUUGGACUACAAAAGAGAUUUUGAGUGAAGCUGAGCUUGACCUGCUUUUCUCUAAGGUGACAAUCAGCAAACACAGCUUCUUCUUCAACUAUGUCCAGCUACUGUCCCUGUGGCAAAAGAGACUCAGUAAACUCCUGAGUGAGCAGACUGAUGUGGCUGAUGUUUUGUCACUGACACCAGUUCUCCAGGAUAAUGAGCUCCUCUUUCCCAUGGGAAUGUUUGCUCCUCCUCUUUUCCAUCCAACCUAUCCCAGGGCAAUGAAUUAUGCUGUAAUGGGUUUCCUUAUUGCCAAAGAUAUCCUCCACCUGCUUCUGCCUGACAUUUACUCCCAGAGUGAGAUGGUGCACACUGUGGGGGAAUGUGUGUGGGAUCACUAUCUCACAGUGACAGAAAAAGUAAGCAGAGGUAGGACGUUAUUUCUCUCAGCAGCACAGCAGCAGGAGGUGUGGGUGCAGUAUUCCGCACUGCAGAUAGCGUUGCAGGCUUAUCAUCAGAGUCUUAAGAACCACCCGAAUGACACCUCCAUUUCGGGAUUUUCAUACACUCAUCUGUUUCUCUCAUCUUUUUCUCAGGUUAACUGUGCCUCUGACCCAUAUCAUGACCUCAUGCCCUUGGAACCCUCCUUCUUGAUUACCGUCAUUUGUGCCAAAUCUAACCUGUGUCCUAGAAACCUACAGUGCCCUAGUAAAACCCAGCAGCAUUUAUUACAAAAAUGCUGAAUAGUCCUCUGAAGACCAGCGGCAUUAUUUAUUGCAAAAUAUACUGAAUGUCUUAACAAAAAUACAUUUGUGCUGAAGAAAUAAAGUAAGCACCCUGUGGACAUCGGCAAACGUCUGUUUCAAAGAAAUUUUGUAUUUACCCACAAGAAACACUGAGAUUUUUAGCCUUGGUUGCUGUUAAGAUGUAUUUGCAUUGCUCCAUUAAUUGCACAAGCCGUAUAGUGUACAUUUAAAUAAACAAGACACUUGAAAAAUUAUUUUCAUGUUUCACUUUCUGAGAUUGAUGUACUUAGAUCCCAUGCAACUCCAUAACAAGUCAAAGUCCAGCAUUCAAAAUUCUAUUGCAGGUUUAGCAGAAAUAAAAUAUAGCCUAUAUAAAAAUAAAAGUGUCUGUUCUGCAGUAAAAUGUCCCGUGACUAUGACAUUAAUAGAUGUUUACUACUGAUGGAGCAGCAUAUUUCUUUUUUUACUUUAGGUUAGACAGGAAUCCAUAUAUUUUCCCUUCUCCACCGUGCUGUAACGGCAUUUCACUCUGAACUCUUCUCAGGCUAUAUGAAACCAAAUUAUGCACUAUUUAUUUAUACAUUUUUUUUAUUUAUAUAUUGGUUCAUAAUCCAAAGCUGAAGAAUUAGUUGGUAAGGAUACAAAAACAGCCAUGCUUCUGCAUGGAAAGGGAACACAGUACAAAAAUGAAAG